AUGAUGAUCAGUUCAGCUUUAAGAAAUAGGAAUAGUGCAUUUUGUUCGCCUGUACUGAGAAAUUAUGUGCAUCGUUUCCAUUCGCAGGCCAAAAAGGGCCCCACUGGUAUCGUUUUCAUGAAUAUGGGUGGGCCUUCAAAGGUUUCGGAGACUUAUGAUUUCUUAUACCAAUUGUUCUCGGACUACGAUUUGAUUCCAAUUAGUGCCAAAUAUCAGCCUAUCAUUGCAAAAUAUAUUGCUAGAUUCCGUACACCGAAGAUUGAAAAACAGUACGAAGAGAUUGGUGGUGGUUCUCCGAUUAAAAAAUGGUCAGAGUAUCAAUGUGCAAGAGUCUGUGAACUGUUGGAUGAAAUUCAUCCACAGACUGCUCCUCACAAGCCUUACGUUGCAUUUAGAUACGCAAGACCAUUGACGCAUGAGACUUACGAACAGAUGUUGAAAGAUGGCGUCUCUAGAGCAGUUGCCUUUUCACAAUAUCCGCAAUUCUCUUAUUCCACCACUGGUUCCUCCAUUAAUGAACUAUGGAGACAAAUUAAAAACUUAGAUCCGGAGAGACAAAUCUCCUGGUCUGUCAUUGACCGUUGGCCCACUCAACCCGGUUUGAUUAAAGCAUUUGCAGAAAACAUCACCAGGAAGUUGGAAGAGUUCCCUGCUGAAAUUAGAGAUAAUGCUGUUAUUUUAUUCUCUGCACAUUCUCUACCAAUGGACGUUGUAAAUACCGGUGAUGCGUACCCUGCAGAGGUGGCAGCUACAGUUUAUCACGUUAUGAAAGAACUUAACUUCAGAAACCCAUACAGACUGGUUUGGCAAUCUCAGGUUGGUCCAAAGCCAUGGUUAGGUGCUCAAACCUCUGAUAUCACUGAGUUUUUGGCACCAACUCAACCUGGCUUAGUGCUUGUCCCAAUCGCAUUCACAUCGGACCAUAUUGAAACUUUGCAUGAAGUAGAUCUAGGUAUCAUUGCUGAGAGUAAGUACAAGGACAAGAUCAAAAGAUGCGACUCUUUAAACGGUAGUGAAACCUACAUCAAAGGUAUGGUCGACUUGGUCAAAAAUCAUCUUGACAAUGGUCCUCGCUUUUCUAACCAAUUGAGCUUGGAUUUCACCUUGGGUAAAUCAAGUGAUCCUAUCAUUUCUGCAGCUGAAGUGUUUGCUGAGAAUCCAACCAAGCUGAACUGA